CAGAAGGCGAAUGGCAGCGGGGUUGGUAAGUGCUUCUCCCCGGCUAUACGCGAUUCACUUGCGGGGUGGGACACGUCGAGUGAGCUGUAGGAAGCCGCGGAUGUUCCCUGCCCUCCGUGGAAUAUUGGCCAUAAUGAGCAGAGGAAUACUGAGCGCCCCUGGGACUGGCUUUCACGCACUGACUUUCGAUAACUUAGCGCUGCGCUCCCUGCCCGUGGAGCCCGGAGACGGUACCGAAGAGGAAGCAAGAACACCCCGGCAAGUACCGGGAGCCUGCUUCUCCAGAGUCCGGCCCACCCCCCUACUCAACCCGACGGUAGUGGCACUGUCACGCUCGGCACUUUCACUUCUUGGUCUCCAAGUCGGGGAGGAGGAUGAGGAGGCGACCGAGUACUUCAGCGGAAACCGGUUAUUGCCAGGUUCGGAACCCGCCGCCCAUUGCUACUGCGGGCACCAGUUCGGCAACUUCGCCGGGCAGCUUGGCGAUGGCGCAGCCAUGUAUCUGGGGGAAGUAGUGAAUGCAACCGGGAAAAGAUGGGAGAUCCAGCUCAAGGGAGCCGGCCUUACACCCUAUUCCAGACAAGCUGAUGGGCGCAAAGUAUUGAGAUCCAGCAUAAGGGAGUUUCUUUGCAGUGAAGCCAUGUCUCACCUCGGAAUACCAAGCACACGGGCUGGUUCCUGUGUAACUGCAGAUUCCACGGUUAUCAGAGAUAUUUACUAUGAUGGAAACCCUAAGAAGGAGAAAUGCACAGUGGUUUCACGCAUUGCACCCACAUUUCUGAGGUUUGGAUCUUUUGAAAUAUUUAAGCCAACUGAUGAGUUUACUGGCCGCAAAGGUCCAAGUGUUGAUAGAAAUGACAUUCGGAUCCAGAUGCUUGAUUAUGUGAUCCGUACUUUCUAUCCAGACAUACAGGAGAAACAUGCAGGAAAUAAUACUGAAAAGAAUGCUGCAUUCUUCCGAGAAAUAACAAAAAGGACUGCUAGGCUGGUUGCAGAAUGGCAGUGUGUUGGAUUUUGCCAUGGAGUCCUAAACACUGAUAACAUGAGCAUUGUUGGGCUUACAAUUGAUUAUGGACCGUUCGGAUUUAUAGACCGGUAUGACCCAGAGUAUAUUUGCAAUGGUUCUGAUAACAUGGGACGCUAUGCCUACAAUAAGCAACCAGAAAUUUGUAAAUGGAAUUUGGGGAAGUUGGCUGAAGCUCUGAUUCCUGAGUUGCCGUUAAGUAUAAGUCAAAGUAUUCUCGAUGACGAGUAUGACGCAGAGUUUCAAAACCAUUAUAUGGAAAAGAUGAGGAAGAAGCUUGGUUUAGUACGAUUGAAGCUUGAUGAUGACAGUCAUCUAGUAUCAGAUUUAUUAGAAACCAUGAACAUUACAGGCUCAGAUUUUACAAACACGUUUCGUGUGCUCAGCAAAUUCUCAGGAGAUGAAGCAGAGAUACAGGAUUUCCUGAACAUAAUUAUUGAGCAGUGUGCCUCUGUAGAAGAAUUAAAACUUGUCUUCAAACCCAAAAUGGAUCCAAGGCAACUUUCAAUGAUGCUAAUGUUAGCACAGAGCAACCCUCAGCUAUUUUCAAUGAUUGGAACUCAAUCCAACAUUAACAAGGAGCUUGAAAGAAUAGAUCAAUAUACUAAACUUCAAGAAACUAGUGCAGAUGAUCUUCUCAAAGAUAACAAGAAACAUUGGAAAGAAUGGCUUCGUAAGUACAGUGUGCGGUUGGAGAAAGAAAGAGGUAGUGUUGAAGAUAGGAAAGCAUUCCAUGAGGAGCAUGUGAAAACCAUGGAUUCAAAUAAUCCAUCAUACAUCCUGAGAAACUACAUUGCGCAGAAUGCCAUAGAUAGUGCAGAAAGCGGAGACUUCAGCGAGGUAAAGCGUGUGUUGCAGAUGCUGGAAAAUCCAUACCAGGAAGGGGAAAGCUGCCAAAGCAUUGCAGACAAGUCACCAGAGGAAGAUGUGGCUGUUGCUGCCUCUAGUGUCUCCACCAACCCAUCCAGACUUCCUUAUAACAGCAAGCCUCCGCUAUGGGCUACAGAGUUAUGUGUAACAUGAUCUUCUUAGGUGCCUUUUUGAUCAUUAGCUGCUGAAGAACAUGAAUGUACCUCAGCAGUUAGAUCAACAAGGCCAUACAUAGCAUGCAUGAACUGGCUACUCUAACAUGACAUUUGGAUGUUGCAUAUAUUAUGCAUCCAGUAACACAGAGAUGAUAUAAAUAUCAGGGCUCUUCUCUUGACAUGUCUUGCCACUGGUUGCUGAGCCAGAUGAUUCUAGCACUUCUAGUAUAAAACUAGCACAGCUCAGUGGAGUUGCUUGUAACUAGAAAAUAUAGGCUAAGGAAAAACACUAAUAAUCCAUUAAUCUCAGACUGUAAGAAAUAUAGUUGUCUUUUUUGAAAAAAAAAAUCCACUUCAACUUGGAUGAAAUACAUCAUUCUUUAGACAUAUUUAUUUUUCUAUACAAACGCAUAUAUAUGUAUUUUUAUCCAAAUGUUUGUUUUACAUGAAGGCAAAAAUACCAAUUCAGUUAUCUGAAAUAUUUUGGCCUGAUGAUAAGCCAGUUAUAUGCAGUUAACAAGAUACUGCUUGCUGUUGCAAUAAGUAAAUGUAAAAAUUUGAUUUGCAUGUUUUGUUUACUGUAAAUUUUCUAAAUAAUAACCAUAUAUUUAAAACUCCACUGAAUGGAUUGGCAUUUAAAGCAAGAUUUCACAUUUUAGAAGGUUGGACAACCUGUGGAACUUCAGCUGAGUAUUGCAACUCUACUUCCUUUCUUUUGGAACAUAUCAGUGCAGGGCAUGUACCAUAUGCAUCAAAGACACAUUACCUUAAAGGAGACAUAUCCUAUAAAAAAUUAUGAAUGUGUACCAGUGAAUUAUACUCCUAGACAUUGAAGGAUUGUUCUUAAAAAUGUUGUUUCGAACUGAUUUUUUGAGAAAUUCCACCAAAACCCACUAGCCCCGCCCAUCUGUUCCACUUCCUGCUGGCUAAAUUCUCUGGAUGUGCAGGGGAGCCGGCGGCUCUAAGUACAGGCAAUGUAGGAUAAGAACCAAUCAGCAGCUAGGCUGACCUGAUAGGGAACUGAAGCCUGUCUUUGCUUGUGUGACUGCAGGGCUGUGAUUGGCUCUCCCCCUUCUACUGUGCUUCUGGCAGGGACCGUUAGGACACGCCCACUCUUCAUUUCACACACCGACAGAGAAGUGAUAGGAUCUAUAGGGAGCUCCAAUAAAGGGGCCAUUUUUACAGAUAGGAUUAAUGUUUAGCACAAAGUGAAACCAGCACCAUAUAUUAUUUAUAAUUGCCUACAAAAUUAGUUUUCCCCAUUUAUCCAAUAUGUCUCCUAUUUUUAAAUAUUUAAUAGAUGAAUGCCUGAUGCACUUAUAUGGUACUCGGCAAGCAAUUCUGUACAAACCUCCCUUAUAUGAAUGGGUUUAUUUUCAUGCUAAAGUAGGAAAGGGCUUUCCCAAAUAUAUUUCAUUUUGCCAAGGGCCCAAGCCUUAAACAUGAAAAAUAGGCUAUUCCAUUAUUCCUAAUCCACCAGAUUUAAAUGCUAGUAUUACACAGCCACCGCAUGGCAUUGCUUAUGGUGAUAUAGGUUUUCUGUUGUUGAGUUCUAAGAUCUAUUUCCUUAGAAGUCGAAUAUUUUUUUUUCCCCAGAAAUGUCAGCAACAAAGCAUUAUAUUCCAAAAGAAAUACUUUCAUGUAAUGGUAUCUUGCCAUGUUAACCAGGAACUACCCUCAGGUUGAUAAACCAGGCAAUAAAGAAAUUGUCUGUGCUUACAGAUAUGGGGUAAGCCCUGAAGAACAGGAUACUCAAGAUAAUGUGAACAAGCAACUGAUGUAGAAAUGUGGUCUUUUAUUAAGUCAUGGCAAAAUAAGAGCCUGAAGUUGCAUUUGCUCUUUUUAACCUUAAUGUAUUUCCCGUGGCUUGUAUGUACACUUUCUAAGGCUUAAAAUGAAUGAACUGUGGGUACCCAGAGAGCUUCCAUCCUCGCUGAAAGACAAACAAGCAAAGCCUCACCGCUCAUCUUUACAUGGGACAGUACAGGAAAAAAAUCUCCUGUAAACAUACCAGCUUUAUGAUUUCCUCAGUGUCAGUACAAAGGCUGUAUACAUUGUAGUCAUUACAUUUAGGACAGAAUAUAAUUUAUAAUAAACUAUAACAAAUCAUCAAAUGUU